GUCGCCGGAAGUGCUAGCUCCACGGUAUUAGCUUUAGCUCCCGGUGAUUCUCGUCAUGUCGAGCCGAAAAACCUCACCUCCGAGUGGCCACGGCGGGGACAAAUAUUCGGUGCUUUUACCCACGUACAACGAGCGCGAGAACCUGCCUCUAAUCGUGUGGCUCCUGGUCAAAUACUUCGGGGAAAGUGGGUAUGAUUAUGAAAUCAUUGUGAUAGACGACGGCAGCCCAGACGGGACUCUGGAGGUGGCUCAGCAGCUGCAGAACAUCUACGGAGAAGACAAGAUACUCCUUCGUCCUCGAGCAAAAAAACUGGGUCUGGGAACGGCGUACAUCCACGGAAUCAAACACGCCAGUGGAAACUUCAUCUUCAUCAUGGACGCCGACCUAUCGCACCACCCUAAAUUCAUCCCAGAGUUCAUCAGGUUGCAGAAAGAGGAAGACUUUGACCUGGUAUCUGGGACGAGAUACAAAGGUGACGGAGGAGUUUACGGGUGGGACCUGAGGAGGAAAAUGAUCAGCCGAGGAGCAAACUUCCUGACGCAGGUUUUGUUGCGACCGGGCGCCUCCGACCUCACGGGUAGCUUCAGGUUGUAUAAGAGGCAGGUGUUGGAAAGUCUAGUGGAACGCUGUGUUUCUAAAGGUUACGUAUUUCAGAUGGAGAUGAUCGUCAGAGCCAGACAACUGCACUACAGUAUAGGAGAGGUGCCGAUCUCUUUCGUAGACAGAGUUUAUGGAGAGUCCAAACUUGGAGGAAACGAGAUUGUGUCGUUUGUGAAAGGACUGCUCACUCUGUUCGCCACCACAUGACCCCCGCAUCUGUCACAUGACCCUGGUCCUGUCACAUGACCAGGGAAUCCCUGGAAAACCUGGUUUAGUUCUGGUCUAGUCUUGGUUUAGACCUGGUUUAGACCUGGUUUAGACCUGGUUUAGACCUGGUUUAGACCUGGUUUAGACCUGGUUUAGACCUGGUUUAGACCUGGUUUAGUCCUGGUUUAGUCCUGGUUUAGUCCUGCACAAGAGGGCGGAGGGACGUAUCUUUUAAAUGUAGGGGGCAAGUACAGAAACAGACUGAGGUUUGAUUUUAGGUUUAGUUAUUGUAAAUAAAAACUGUGCAUCACAUUCCAGCUGCAUUAAGGUUUUUACUUGUGUUUGACUCCACAGACAGAACUACACAAAAUGACUCCACGAGAAACUCUGUUCAUAAUGUUUUGGCUGAUGUUCUGUAUUAGCUGUGCUCUGGACUAGGUCACUGCUGCUACAUUUGUGGAUUUAUCUUUAAACUUGUCAAAUAAUCAAAACACAAGAGUUUGUUUGGUUUAAACUCAUGUAAAUUUGCUCCAAACAGAGAUGCCUGUUAAAUAUGAGUUUCCUCUGUUUCUGCUUCAGCUGUGAAAUAAAUGAAUCAUGUUCUGUGAGUUCUCAUGUUUUGUUUAUUAAAGCCCCAUAUUCCUCUGAU